AUGGACGGCCUGGAUGACUGUCUGCAGCAGUACAUCAAGAACUUUGAGCGGGAGAAGAUCAGCGGGGAGCAGCUGCUGCACAUCACCCACCAGGAGCUGGAGGAGCUGGGGGUGACGCGGAUAGGACACCAGGAGCUCAUCCUGGAGGCCGUCGACCUGCUCUGUGCACUGAACUAUGGCCUGGAGACGGAGAACCUCCGCACACUGUCCCAUAAGCUCAACGCCUCGGCCAAGAACCUGCAGAACUUCAUCCUGGGGCGCCGCCGAGGGGGACACUACGAUGGACGAGCCUCUCGUCGCCUCCCCAACGACUUCUUAACGUCUGUGGUGGACCUGAUUGGGGCAGCCAAGAACCUUCUGGCCUGGCUGGACAGGUCCCCAUUCGUUAGUGUGACGGAAUACUCUCUGCUCAAAAACAAUAUCGUUCAGCUGUGCCUGGAGUUGACCACAAUUGUACAACAGGACUGCACUGUGUACGAAACAGAGAACAAGAUUCUCCACGUGUGUAAGACCCUGUCGGGGAUCUGUGACCACAUCAUCUCCCUGUCCUCGGACUCCCUGGUGUCCCAGUCGGCCCAUCUGGAGGUGGUGCACCUCACCAACAUCAUGCCCAGCGAAGGCCUGGGCAUGUACAUCAAGUCCACAUACGAUGGCUUGCACGUGAUCACAGGGACCACAGAAAAUUCUCCUGCUGACCAGUGUAAGAAGAUCCAUGCUGGGGAUGAGGUGAUUCAGGUCAACCAUCAGACUGUGGUGGGCUGGCAGCUGAAGAACCUGGUGAACGCCCUGCGGGAGGAUCCCAGUGGAGUCAUCCUCACGCUGAAGAAGAGGCCCCAGAACACCCUGACCUCCACCCCCGCCCUACUUAAGAACGUCCGGUGGAAACCCUUGGCCCUGCAGCCCAUCCCCAACAACUCCACCAGCACCUCCACCACCCCCAGCAGCACCAGCAUCCCCACCCAGAUAGAGGGCUCCAACAUGCAGGACGUCUUCAUCCUCUCCCCCGUCUCAGGACUCUACGGAGCCAGGGACGAGCUGGGCAUCGUGUCCUGUGACGACAUCGGCAAGUACAGCAUGAGCAAGUCGGCCCCGACCAAGGGCUCCGACUCCCUCAGCUACUACCUGGACCAGGAGAGCGGCAAGUACUACUCCCUCACCGAGGGGGAGGGCCUGAGACCCGAGGGCGGGCCCGAGUACGACAGGGGGCGCUCCACUGGCGUCCGGCGGAGAGAGAAGACCCCGACCCAUGGCGACCUCAGGCCCGUGUCCAUGCCCCCCGAGCACAGCUGGAUGACUGAGGCGAAGGAGCCCAAUAUGUUCAAGAGGGGCAGCCGAGAUUCAGACACCUCGUUACUGCGCUACCUUAGCGACGACAAGAUCUUGGUGAUCCAAGAGGAGACGGAGCCGGGCCGGGAGUGUAAACGCGACACCAGCCGCCGCUCGCGCAAGAAGAGCAAGACUCCCAGCAGCCCCAGCUUCCCCAUCAGCCCCUCCAUGCUGCCCCCCAACGUGCGCCUAGAUGCGCCCCCGCCGGAGGGCAUGCCUUUCCCCCUGUCCGAAAACAACACCAUGCCCUUCUACCACAGAGCUGGAGACACACUACGUGCUGAAACAACAGACAUGUACAGUGGAACUGGAGUUGACAGACAAGGACAGGGAUCAUCAGGCAGGAAGUCUUUCAGUCACUACACGUCUUUAAGAACAAAAACCAAGAAGAGAGGUAAAGGCUCUCUCACCAGCGGGAGUCGACGGAGGAUCUCCUGCAAGGACCUGGGUCACGGCGACUGCGAGGGCUGGCUGUGGAAGAAGAAAGACGCCAAGGGCUACUUCACACAGAAGUGGAAAAAAUACUGGUUCAUUCUCAAGGACUCCUGCCUGUACUGGUACACCAACCAAAACGACGAGAAAGCAGAAGGAUUCAUCAGUCUCCCCGAGUUCAGAAUAGACAGAGCAAUCGAGUGCAGGCGGAAAUUUGCUUUCAAGGCAUGUCACCCGAAAAUCAAGAGUUUCCUAUUUGCCACAGACUGUUUGGAGGAAAUGAACCGGUGGAUGAACCGUCUGGGCUUGGCAGCCAUUGGCUACACACCUGAUGACAAGGUGCCGCGGCCAGAUGAAGACUACUGGAGUGAGAGUGACCAGGAUGAAAUGGACGGAUCCAUGACCUUAAAACAAGACGGGCCUUCAUCGCUGUGUGACACCUACCACCGCACACCCUCGAUCGCCACCAACUCCUCCUCCAGCCCCUUCCCCGAGCACCACCAGGGCAGCAGCAGCCGCCACUUCUCCAGCGAGUCCAACUACUCGCACUCCUCCGCCGAGGACUCCACGGGCCGCCGGCCCUCCCACGCCCGGGAGCGCCGCUCCUGGCAGGACCUGAUCGAGACGCCCCUGACCAGCUCCGGGCUGCACUUCCUCCAGACGGUGCCCUCCGGUGGGGGUGAUGGGGAGGGUGGUGAUGGGGGUGGUGGAGGUAUGGGUGGUGAUGGGGGUUACGGAGGGGGCCGUCUGAGCAUGUCGCCGGAGAGGCGGAGGCAGGCCACGCUGCCUGUCCGCAGGCACCAUCACGUGGACCGCGAUGGGCCGUUCCCAUUGGUGGAGGGUAGCGAGGAGAGGCAUCAUGGACACAGGCGUGCCCACAAGCAGCGCAGCCAGAGCCUGCCGCGCAACCGGGAACUGCGGCCGCCGCGCACACACACCUCGGCCAGCGUCACGCGCGUCCACGCACACGAGGAGAGGAGCGAGGACGAGGACGGGCCUGCCAAGAAAACACACAGCGAAGAGGGCAAAGACGUGAGUAAGGAUCAGCCGGAAUGUAGCGCAGCGGCGACGGCAGCAUCAGCUGACGGUCUUGAGGAGUUGUACCGCUCUCUGGAGCAGGCCAACCUGUCGGCCCUGGGAGACCUGCGGCCCACCACCAAGCAGGAGUUCAGACGCAUCUUCCUCCGACGCUGCGGAGACCCCGCAACCAACGACAAACUGCACCACGUGCGAGCCCUCAACAGCACACUCAAGGCAAAAGAGGCAGAGCUCGCCAUCAUCAACCAGCUGCUCGAGGACCCCAAGCUCACCGCCAAGAAGCUACGCGAGUGGAAACAGUGGCACCACGAGCUGUUCGUGGACAUCUGUGAAUUUAGCUCGGGCAACAACGGGGCAGCCGACCUGUCCCCGCUCGCUGCCCCCCUGAUGACGCACACACACUCCUUCAUCGAGACCCAUGUGUAGUAGGGGUUAGGAGAUGAAGGGUGGAGGAUGGUGGUGUUGGUGGGUUUCAGCCACUGGAUGCUCACUUGCCCCCGCUAUCCCAUUAUAAUCAGUCCAACAAUAGACCACAUUUAUUUCUAUUAUACUCCUUUAAACUUUGUUUUUCCCUCACCUUUGUAGUUCUUUUUUCCCCUCAUCCUUCAUGACCGACCAACAAACCACUGUAAGAAGUGUACAGAUAACACUGAUACCCAGCAGCCUCUGUGUGCAGUGCACGCUGUGGGCGUCCACAGUCUUUACAAGGACCCAACGGGUGCCUAAAAGCAUGCCUGAAGAGAAAGUAGUAUUCUUCCUCUAUUCUUUUUUCGUUUGAGUUUGUUGAACUCAGUACAAAUCUAGCUCAAUUAAAAAUCGUUGAUCUUUUCUGUAAGUCUUUUGGCAUGUGGGAAGGAGAGGCUUACUCAAUUAUUUAUUUAUUUAUUCAUCUGUUUGGAUUGUUUUUUUUAAAUUUCAUAUGGGAUGUGGGUUGGACUUGGGAGUGUGUGAACAGAGAAUAGAUAUAUAGUAGCAA